AUGACGUUUUCAUCACUGGAGAACUUCAACAUCUUGUUCUUCAGGCCAGGACCAGAAGGAGACCAAAUAGUCGGGGCUGUGGACCAGUUCAGCCAUCCCUCCCCUCCCCACCAGGGCGCUGUGGCCUCACUCCUACGUUCACGGGCAGGCUCAGCCCCUCCUGGCAGCCGGGUCGGGGGAGCUCCGCUCGGGCAGCUCUCGGGGUGGUGCUGGGAGGCCGCGCAGAACCGCAGGUGGCCAGGUUCGCGAAGCGCCGAGAAUGGGGUCUGUGGCCGCCUGCCCGCACCUGAGUUCCUCCGCCCCAGCCUGCGGCGUCUGCAGGUCCCGCUCCGCGCCGAGUCCCCGCUGCACCUGCACCGAGGCCACGGGGCGCAUGCGCGGCUGCGGGGACCGGGGGCCGGGGCGGGAGGGGUCCUGCGGGCCCCGCAUCCCCAUGCCCACUGCGGGGCUCGGACAGAGGGACGCCACGCCAGGCCGCAGACCCCGCCCUUCCACGUCCCCCCACUCCGGCGGCCCGUGCGGCUCCAGACGACGCUUCCCGGGGGCUCCGGGCCGGGGCAGCCGCGGCGCCCCCUCCCCAGGUCCACCGCGGGCGCCGCUUUCAGACAAAGGCAGGAGACCGAGCAGGACACGCUGCCGUGUCUGCUCCGGGCGGCCGCGGAGGAGGAGAAGGACGUGGCGCCGCCGACGCCGGCGGCCGGGCCCGGGCCCGACAUGGUCUGCGAGACGAAGAUCGUGGCCGCCGAGGACCAUGAGGCGCUGCCGGGGGCCAAAAAGGACGCACUGCUCGCCGCCGCCGGCGCCAUGUGGCCCCCCCUGCCCGCCGCGCCCGGGCCGGCCGCCGCGCCCCCCGCACCCCCACCUGCCCCGGUGGCUCAGCCUCGCGGCGGGGCGGGGGGCGCGGGGCCGCCGGGGGGGCGCGGCCUGUGCAUCCGCGAGUUCCGUGCGACCGAGCAGGAGGCGGCGCGCCGCAUCUUCUACGACGGCAUCAUGGAGCGCAUCCCUAACACGGCCUUCCGCGGCCUGCGGCAGCAUCCGCGCGCGCAGCUGCUCUACGCCCUGCUGGCGGCGCUGUGCUUCGCCGUGAGCCGCUCGCUGCUGCUGACGUGCCUGGUGCCGGCCGCACUGCUGGGCCUGCGCUACUACUACAGCCGCAAGGUGAUCCGUGCCUACCUGGAGUGCGCGCUGCACACGGACAUGGCGGACAUCGAGCAGUACUACAUGAAGCCGCCUGGCUCCUGCUUCUGGGUAGCCGUGCUGGAUGGCAACGUGGUGGGCAUUGUGGCCGCACGGGCUCACGAGGAGGACAACACGGUGGAGCUGCUGCGGAUGUCUGUGGACUCGCGUUUCCGCGGCAAGGGCAUCGCCAAGGCGCUGGGCCGGAAGGUGCUGGAGUUCGCCGUGGUGCACAACUACUCCGCGGUGGUGCUGGGCACGACGGCCGUCAAGGUGGCCGCCCACAAGCUCUACGAGUCGCUGGGCUUCAGACACAUGGGCGCCAGUGACCACUACGUGCUGCCUGGCAUGACCCUCUCGCUGGCCGAGCGCCUCUUCUUCCAGGUCCGUUACCACCGCUACCGCCUGCAGCUGCGCGAGGAGUGACCGCCAGCGCUCACCCGCCCGCCACCCCGGCCGCCCUGUCCGCCUGUGCCCGCCUGCCCGCCGCCCGGCGCGGCCUCUGCUUUCAGACGCUCACCUGGCGUUUGGGUGGGGUUUUCCCUUUUCAACAUCCUGCGGUUGUCUGGCUGGUUCGGGGGGGUGCGCUGGGGGGUGCGGGGCUGUUGCUCUUCCACGACACUGGUGGGGAUGGGUUGUUUGUCGCCACAGCCCCUCGCCCUUCCCCACCUGCCCGGGCGGCUUGCCACAUGAAGAGUGGCAUCUUGGACCGCCGCAGUUGUCCACGACGCUGCCCUGCCCGCCGCCACUGGGGAAGGCCCAGCCUCGCUCACCAAGCACAGAACCUCGCAACAGAGCCCAGGGCCAGGCUCCGGCCCCGCCUGCGGCCCCAGCGCCACUGCCCGUGGAGGCCCGAGCUGGCCAUGGCGCUGCUUUGCUCCGCGCAUGCCGAGGGUGUGGCCCGGCUGAGCAUGCCGCAUGCGCACAGCCCCGCCCUGCCGCCCUGCCCGGAGACCCGGGCCGGUGAGCGCCCCUGUCCCCGGCCUCGAGCUGGCCAUGGGAGGGCCUGUCCCUGCCCCCACCCCCUGGAGGGCCUGGUCUGCCCCGCGCCGCCCGGCUCUGUCCACGCCUGCUUUGCUCUGAUGCCCUCCUUUCCUCUGGCUCCGGCCCCUCCCCUGCCUGGGCUGGGCUGGCUGGUGUCAUCACCUGGGUGGCUCCCAUGGCGUCCGUGGCAGCGCCGGGGUGGGGGUCCAUGGGACCCCUCUCCCCAGUGCCCACUGGAUCACGGUGGCUUCUCCCAGAUUUCCCUGGGGACCUCCUGCCUCUGGCUGACGGUCCACCCUGUGAAUCUUACCAGCCCAGGCUGCUGCCAACAGCGCCCAGCCCACAGCUUCUCCCAGCCUGAAACCAACCCAUUUUCUAAUAAGUUAUUUAGACAGAA